GGAUUUUAAUUCCAGAAAAACAACAACUGAUUCAUAAUACAUAUCUAACAUAACAGGAAAAAAAAUCAUUUUAAAGUUAAUCUUGCAAAAUGACUGGGGAGAUCUCAAAAAAGAAAGCCAAGAGCUCUCCAUCUGGCGAGAAAAAAGCGAAAAGGAAAAUAAAACGAAGAGAAACUUAUGCAAUGUACAUCUAUAAAGUUUUGAAACAGGUACAUCCGGACACGGGCAUCUCCAGCCGGGCCAUGAGCAUUAUGAACUCCUUCGUGAAUGACCUGUUCGAGAGGAUUGCCACAGAAGCGUCCCGUUUAGCGCAGUACAACAAGCGCUCCACCAUCACCAGCAGAGAGGUGCAGACUGCGGUGCGCCUGCUCCUGCCCGGGGAACUGGCCAAACACGCCGUGUCCGAGGGCACCAAGGCGGUCACCAAGUACACCAGCUCCAAAUGACCCGCCCCAGGUCACGGACUAAUAAAAGGGUAGAGUAAAAUCCACGUUUUCUGAGCUUUAGUUUGCAUUGGAAGUGUAACGCGUUGACUCGACCAGCAGAUGGAGCAGUGGCGCCGUGGUGCUGGAGCGGUGCGUCACGCUGCACCUUCUGUUCCACAUCAGUUCGAAUAUCUCUGGUUUUGUUCUGGACAUUUGUACAGUUUUGCACAAAUAAACACAUCUGCGUCCUGUUAAGUGUCAUCUUUGGUUUUUUUUUGGUUUGUUAUCCGUCAUUUUGGUGACAUUUUAAGCCUAAAUUGGGGUCGUAAAUUGCUGUAAACUAACCAUCCGAUUAUAGCUAAUUAUUUUCUGAUUGGAUUGGUGCUCGUGCUCACACCUGCAGCUUGUGGCCUCAUUACCCGCUCUUGCACAAACGUGGCACCUGCUUCAGUCUGACACUGAAACUCCAGCAGGUGAAAAGUUGCACAGGU